CUCACCUCCUCCCACAUCUGGAGCCCCUCUUCCUCCACAUGUGUGGAUCCAGGAGCUACAGAAGAGUCUGCUGACAGCCUCUGGCUGAGCAUGGCCCGCUCAGCCCUGGGCCUGGAUCCCUGGAAUCUCCUGGGCCUUUUCUUCUUUCAACUGCUCCUGCUGCUGCUGUCACCACCGACCAAUGGGGAUGGAGGGCAGGGGCCUAUGCCCAGGGUCAAAUUCUAUGCAGGAGAUGGACGCAGGGCACUUAGCUUCUUCCAACAGAAGGGCCUCCAGGAUUUUGACACUCUUCUCCUAAGUGGUGAUGGGAAUACUCUCUACGUGGGGGCUCGAGAGGCCAUCCUGGCCUUGAAUAUCCAGGAUCCUGGAGUCCCAAGGCUGAAGAACAUGAUCUCCUGGCCAGCCAGUGACAGAAAAAAGAGUGAAUGUGCCUUGAAGAAGAAAAGCAAUGAGACGCAGUGUUUCAACUUCAUUCGUGUCCUGGUCUCUUUCAAUGCCACUCAUCUCUAUGCCUGCGGGACCUUUGCCUUCAGCCCUGCGUGUACCUUUAUUGAACUCCAAGAUUCUCACCUGCUUCCCAUUUUGGAGGACAAGGUCACAGAGGGGAAAGGCCAAAGCCCCUUUGACCCUGCUCACAAGCACACAGCUGUCUUGGUGGAUGGGAUGCUGUAUUCUGGCACCAUGAACAACUUUCUGGGCAGCCAGCCCAUCCUGAUGCGCACGCUGGGAUCCCAGCCUGUUCUUAAGACUGACACCUUCCUCCGCUGGCUGCACCCGGACGCCUCCUUCGUGGCAGCCAUCCCUUCGACCCAGGUCGUCUACUUCUUCUUUGAGGAGACAGCCAGCGAAUUUGACUUUUUUGAGAAGCUGCACACAUCCCGGGUGGCUCAAGUCUGCAAGAAUGACGUAGGCGGUGAAAAGCUGCUGCAGAAGAAGUGGACCACCUUCUUGAAGGCCCAGCUGCUCUGCGCCCAGCGGGGGCAGCUGCCAUUCAACGUCAUCCGCCACGCAGUCCUACUGCAGGCAGAAUCUCCCUCCGUAUCCCGCAUCUAUGCAGUUUUCACCUCCCAGUGGCAGGUCGAUGGGACCCAGAGUUCUGCAGUUUGUGCCUUCGCCCUCACGGACAUUGAGCAUGUCUUCAAGGGAAAGUAUAAGGAGUUGGACAAAGAAACUUCACGCUGGACUACUUACAGGGGCCAUGAGACUAGCCCCCGGCCAGGCAGUUGCUCUGUGGGCCCCUCCUCUGAUAAAGCCUUGACCUUCAUGAAGGACCAUUUCCUGAUGGAUGAGCAGGUGGUGGGGACACCUCUGCUGGCAAAGUCUGGUGUAGAGUACACACAACUUGCAGUGGAGACAGCCCAGGGCCUUGAUGGACGAAGUCAUCUGGUCAUGUACCUGGGCACCUCCACGGGGUUCCUGCACAAGGCUGUGGUGAGUGGGGAAGACAGCAGAGCUUAUCUGGUGGAGGAGAUCCAGCUGUUCCCUGACCCUGAACCUGUUCACAACCUGCAACUGGCCCCCACCCAGGGUGCAGUGUUUGUAGGUUUCUCAGGAGGCGUCUGGAGGGUUCCCCGAGCCAACUGCAGUGUCUAUGAGAGCUGUGUGGAUUGUGUCCUUGCCCGGGACCCCCACUGUGCCUGGGACCCUGAGUCACAAAUGUGCCGUCUUCUGUCCACCCCCAUCCUGAGCUCCUGGAAGCAGGACAUGGAGCGAGGGAACCCGGAGUGGGCAUGUGCUCUUGGCCCUAUGGGUAGGAGCCUCAGGCCUCAGAGCCGCCCUCAACUCAUUAAAGAAGUCCUGUCUGUCCCCAACUCCAUCCUAGAGCUCCCCUGCCCCCACUUGUCAGCGCUGGCCUCCUACCGCUGGACUCAUGGCAAAACAGCAAUCCCAGAAGCCUCUUCUGCCAUCUACAAUGGCUCGCUCCUGCUGUUGCCACGAGAUGGAGUUGGGGGCCUCUACCAGUGUGUGGCCACUGAGAAUGGCUUCUCAUACCCUGUGGUCUCCUACUGGGUGGACAGCCAGGAACAGUCCCUGGCCCUGGAUCCUGAACUGGCAGGCAUUCCCCGGGAGCGUGUGGAGGUCCCACUGACCAGGGUCAGUGGUGGUGUCGCCAUGGCUGCCCAGAGAUCCUACUGGCCUCACUUUCUCAUCGUCACCGUUCUCCUUGCCUUAGUGCUUUCUGUAGCCCUCAUCGUCCUUCUCGCCUCCCCACUGGGAGCACUCCGGGCCAGGGGCAAGGUCCAGGGCUGUGGGACUCUGCCCCCUGGGGAGAAGGCCCCAUUGAGCAGGGAGCAGCACCACCAGCCUUCCAAGGAACACAGGACCUCUGCUAGUGAUGUGGACGCUGACAAUAACCGCCUGGGCACCGAGGUGGCCUAAACUUUGGGCACAGGCUGGGGCUGUUAAGUAGGACAGUCACCUGGCCAUGUUGGCUGGGGGGCCCUGAGCAGGGCAGCUUUGAGUAGGGUGGGAAUGGCACAGACAACCAUCUUCCUCCCAUGGUUGGAGCCUCUUCUGCCACUCUGUACCACUGAAAGCAUCCACAGCCCGCCUCCCCUGUGGGACUCCCUUGUGCUAAGCACAUGGGGACUCUGUAACAGGUUGGGGACUGCCCUAGAUCUGCACCUGUGCUACGACAGGAGAAGCUGGAGAAGACCCUUCCCUUCUGGCCAUUCCAGAGACCCUCUGAAAGCAGAGUGCUCCAGGUGACAGUUCCAGGACCCUAUGGUAAUGAAGGCCAAACAUCCCAACACCGUAAGUUAAGACACCACUAUGAAAGCAGCUGCUACCUUGGACACCAACUCUCUCCUCUCCCAGGGGUCUCUAAGACUCUGCAGGAAGCUGCUCCUUCAUGUUCUCCCUUACCAGCCAUGCACAGUGAUUCCAAGGAAGUCUUUCCUGAAAUAUGACCACCUUCCUUUUUGCUCCAGUUUGGGCAGAUUGUUAUCCUUUGCCCUGGCUAAGGCAAAUCUGAGCCUCAUUCACUCCCUUACCCUGGCCGACCCCUUGAUCUCUUUCCUUUCCUCUUCCCUUUGUUUUGGGACUGCUUGUUAAAGACAAUUUAUUUUUUAUUAAAAGACAAAGCUUGACUGGUUUUUGGGGACAGGCAGAGGGUGGCCUGUAUGUGCUAGAAGCAGGCAGCUUGAGAGUAUUAGCAGGGAGGAGGACUAGGCUUGUAGGGUCGUGCUCCCUCAGACUCUCCUACCUCUGCUACCCUCCCAGCCCCAGUGACAGCUCAUCUGCCACUGACUCCCUGGCCGCAGUUGCCACAGUUGCUGUCCCCAGAUCUCCCACAUUGCUAGUGACUUCA